GGUUAAACUGGAAGUGAAGCAGGACAACGCCAGCCCCUCCUGGUCCAAAAAAAAGGGCUCGCCUGCCGACUCUGCUCCCUCGGGAAAGAUGGGAAAGGGCUACAAAGUGGUGGUUUGUGGAAUGGCCUCAGUGGGAAAGACUGCGAUUUUGGAGCAGCUUCUCUAUGGAAAGCAUACUGUUGGCUUAGAAGAGGGUGCCACAAUGGAAGACGUGUAUUUGGCAUCGGUGGAGACAGACCGAGGCGUGAAGGAACAGUUACGGCUUUAUGACACCAGAGGUCUGCAGGAGGGCGUAGAAUUGCCAAAACACUAUUUCUCUGUUGCUGAUGGCUUUGUUCUGGUGUAUGCUGUGACCAGCCUUGAAGCCUUCCAAAGAGUUGAACUGCUCAAAAAGGAGAUUGAUGUCUUUAGGGACAAAAAGGAGGUAACAGUUAUUGUCUUGGGAAACAAAACUGACCUCCUGGACCAAAGGCAAGUGGAAACAGAAGCAGCACAGCAAUGGGCAAGGGCUGAGAAGGUGAGACUGUGGGAAGUGACUGUGACAGAUCGAAAAACACUGCUUGAACCCUUCACCUUCUUAGCUAGCAAACUGUCCCAGUCCCAGAACAAAUCAACAUUUCCCUUGCCUGGAAGGAAGAGCAAAGGGAAUAACUGUGAUAACUAGGCUAGCCUAGUAUUGUCUCCUGCUGCCAGGUCACAGUCUAAGUCCUUUUUGUGCCAUUUGCUUCUUGCAGUUUCACUUAAAGCAAUAAUCUCAUUCAGCAAUAAAAUCAGCAAGAUUAUAGCUAAGAGGUAUCCUUUCUUCUCACAGACUUGGCUUGAAAAAGUCGCUGGUGGUAAAAACCUAAAAAAGCUCUUCAUGAGAGCAGUUAUCUUGCAACAAGGGUUAUGAAGACAGAAGGGAUAGAUGGACACCUCUCUAUCAGGGGCUUUUACUAUGCCUGGAUGCAGCCAUGUUGAGGGACAAAUCAACAAGCUUACCAUUAAGCAAUGGCCUUGCAGAUCUGUAGCCUCUAGUCACAAAUAGUAUUAGCUGCAAUAAAGCAAUUUGGAGAGACAGUAUGUUUGAAAUGGCAGUAGUUCUUUUACCUUGACCUUAAAUAGGGCCACAAAGCAUACUGAUGCUGCAGAAGGCUGAGGUCAGUGUCUUGUUGCAGAAGGGUAUGGGGAAGGAGAAAUGAUUACCAGAUUUAGCCACUGAUAUUAUGCUAGUGUCUGGAAGGAAAAAAAACCAACAAAAUCAUACAAAAACACCCCUCACAUCUUCUGGGAAAUACUAGACCAGAUCUACCCUGACAUGAAGCUCAUCAGCAAAGUCUGGCAAUCAGUGCUUCCAGCUCAAGAACUCAUUUGCACAAACCAGAAAAGCUCUCAGAGCACUCCUUAAUUUAACUGCAACCCGACGGACAAGAUAACUGUAUGUGGGUUUGUUCCAGCAUGUCCAGUACAAAUCAGUCACAGUCACAUAGGUGAUAAUUGUACUGAGAAAUUAUACAGAGCAAUUUUGUAUGCAGGAGGUACUGCCUGGGCUCUGCUUAGUGCAUUGCAUAACACUCCCACCCGGCUGCUCAGCCAAGCUGCAGCAAUCCACCCCCUGUACGAAGCUACAGGCCAGAUAAUAACUGGUACAAAGUGCUGUACUGCUCUGUGAGAGCAGGCUAGGGAGUGUAGGGGGCUGCCUUUUGGGACUAUCCUCAUGGAAAACACCCAGAAAUACCUGUACCAAAUGGGUUUGGACUUAUCAUGCUGCACAUUGUCCAGCAGCAGGAGCACAACUGGAUGUGCUGUGUUGACUCAGUGCUGGUAAAGGUAAACCUGUGCUGCAGGAAUCUGCUGUCCUAGGUCAGCCUGUCAGUAAAGUUAACAAAAGGGGAUAUAUAUAGAGGGACAGAAUGAGCAACUGUUCCCAGAGACAGUGGCCAGUUUUUGGCAUCUUAACAACCUCCUGUACUAAAAGAUGCUACCUUUUCUUUAUAUUUGAAGACAAGAGCAGGGAGAGGGAGUGAACAUAAAUACCCAGUUCCUGCAUUUUUCACUGCUGUUUUGAACAAAUACUGAGAAUUCCACUGUGAAUCAGCAAAACCACAAGCAAUAUUUGCAGUGUCAUAUCAUAACUGCUAAAUAGUGUGCUUAAUGAUCACAAUUAAGCUUAUAGUAUUGCUCUUCCUGAGUACUGUUUAAUAAAGUCUGUCAGCAUUACUGAUGUCAGAGCAGCAGUACACUUCACUAAAAACGAAGCAGGUAUCCCUACCAUUAUAAUAAAGGUAGACGAAACUGUUUAUGUGCUUUGCUCAAUAUGGUUUGGAUUGCUGUGGCCAAGGAGUAAGAUAAGAGAGCAAUUAUGAAUGAGCAAGCUCCUGCACUGCCCUGCUAGAAACAUACAAUUGUUUCCAUUGCAACACUGCAGCUGAGUAAGCACUACAGCAUGACCUCCUCCAACCUGGCUAGUAAUAGUCAUUGUCCCCAGUGAUUCUGCAGGACAACACCCACUACUCACUCAUUUCCUACUGAACACACGUGUACUCCAGGCUUCUCCCUGCCCAGAAGACUCCAUAUCUGCCUGCACGCUUGGGAAGUAGAGGUGACUUCAGAGCAGCAGCGGUUCACGUCCUUGCUGCAACCUCUUACCAAGGAAUGGGUCACGUUCCCCUACUUCAGCUCUGCAGAAUCCUUCUUCUAGAAGGGACUUGAAUUGGCUUUGGAUGAAUCAAAAUAUGUGAAGACAUCUACUAACAUCACAUCAUCACUGAAGCUCACUCUUGAGCAAAGGGAGUACAGGUUGACAAGUCAGAAUUAACUUAAAACGUGUGGAGAUGGAAAGAAUGGAGAUGACUGGUUCCUGUCCAGCUCUGCACGCCGCAGACUCAGUGCCAAUUCUACUGCCAAGACUGAUGUCACCUGUAGGCUGCCAGAGCUGUGCAGUGGAAGUGUAGCUUGCUUACCUGCUCCCCUGGACUUCCUGGACUUGACAAUAUUUUAAGACAAGCAAGACAAAAAGGAUCUUCCAAGUGACUAAGGCCAUUUUUUCAAAUAGGUUAUAUAAAGGCAAACACGUUAUCUUUGAUUUGGUUAAUUCACUAGAAAUGAGUUUAGAUCAUUCAAUGCAUUCACAUAAAAAACCACCACCCACUGUUUUCUUUCAUAAGCUUACUCUGAUGCUUUUUAAGCACUCAAUCUAUUCUAAAUACCACAGUAUUUUAUUGACAAGUUAUGGAAAACAUAGUGUCUCCUCUGCAAACAAUGUACAUACAGUGGCUGGUACUGAGUGAAAAUGAAACUUGCUGUAGUACAGUUUUGCAUAGGGUUAAUAAGUAAAGUACAGAGUAGUUUAAAGGGCAGAACACAUAUUCUGUUCUUACUGUUCCACUGACUCAAACCCUGUUCUAGGUCACUGGGAUCACUUACCUUCUGCAAAGCUAGAGUCCCUUCAUGAGCUAAUGGGGAAAAAUUGUUAAAAACAAGAAAAAUAAAUUAGUAAAUUGUACUAUC